AUGCUGCUCAGAGGAUUACGAGCCUGUGCUGAACGUGCCUCGAAGCCCCGCACGACAAACUUGGAUCAAAUUUCGAAGACCACUAAGGAAUUGUUGGAAAGAAGAAGGGCUUUGAGGCUUGAUCCGAAUGCGUCGCACAUUGAGCGGUUAGUAGCAAACACUAGCUGCAGAAAAGCGUUGCAGGAGGAUCUUAUGAAGUACAGGCAGAAGAAGAUUCUGAAAGCAGCACAAAGAAGAACAAGUCUGAAGAAGUGCCGCAGGGAUCUCCGCGAAUAUAAUAUUCCGCUAGCAACCUUGCUGAGCGAAGACGGGACUCGCACGUCUUCUUGUCGUGAGAUGAAAAUCAUAACGGAGAGGUUCUACUCGAACCUUUUCCGUCCAUCAACUCCUAUGUCAAGCCUGAUCAUCCCCACUGGCGAAGCUCCACCACGGAUUCUCUCUUCGGAAGUACGAGUCGCUAUCAAGAGCAUGAAACCUGGCACAGCCCCCGGACCUGAUUUUAUAUCAGCAGACUUUCUUCGGGCUGGUGGUCAUCCGCUUCAUGUAAUCUUAGCAGCGCACAUGACAUCCUACCUUCAGAAAGAAAGAAUCCCAGACUAG